AAGGGUCCUCGGAUCUUUGAUCUUGUGGACUGAUUUUGAAGUGUGUUUCGUGUUGUCCUUGUAAUUCUUGUAUCAUUGCACGACAGUUGUUUGAUGCAAUGCCGUGUAGGAAUUUGGUUCGGUGGAAUGUCAUGAUGACGGGGUAUUUGAAUUCGAAUAAUCCUGGUAAGUGCCUAAAGUUGUUCAGAGAAAUGGCACAGAGGGGAUUGAAUGGGAACGAUACGACUAUAGUUCUUGCGGUUAGUGCUUGUGCUAGGUCAGCUCGGAUGAAGGAAGGAAAAUCUGUUCAUGGGCGUCUAAUUAAGAAAUUUAAAGACUUGAAUUUGAUUAUUGGUACUACUUUAAUCUAUAUGUAUAGUAGAUGCGGCAGAGCAGAAAUUGCUCGUUUAAUUUUUGAUCGGAUAUCGAUCAAGAACAUAGUCUGCUGGAAUGCAAUGAUAUUGGGGUAUUGCAUCCAUGGAAACCGAAAAGAUGGGCUUAAUCUGUAUUCAAACUUGCUGAGCAGUAGAUUAGAAAGUACAGGAAAAAGUCAUGUUGAUAACCCUGUGCUUCCAGAUGAAAUCACAUUUGUCUCUGUCUUAUGUGCUUGUGCCCGUGAAGGACUGGUAACAGAAGAAAGAAAAUACUUUGGCAACAUGAGCGACGCGUUUGGUAUAAAGCCCAGCUUUGCACAUUAUUGGUGCUUGGCUAAUAUUUUGGAAAAUGUUGGUCUAAUGCAAGAAGCUAUAGAAACACUGAAAAACAUGCCAGUAGAUAGCGAUUUACCACUGGAAUCCUCAUUGUGGUCUGAAUUGCUUGGCUCAGCCCGCCUUGGUCAAGAUGUAAGUUUAGGAGAACAAAUUGCAAAUAAGUUGAUUGAUCAUGACCCCGAGAAUUUUUGGCAUUAUUUAUUGUUGGUGAACAUGUAUGCUGCAGCUGGUCGUUGAGAUGAUGUAACUCAGACAAAGUAGAGGCUGAAGAAGAGAGGAAUAGAAAGAACAUCAGGCUGCAGUUUAAAAGACUUGAAGGAAAUUGUUCACGACAUGU